AUGGUGGCUGCCAGGAUGGGCUCAAACGGGUUCCUAGGCCCCGGGGGGAUCUGCGCCCUCAGCAGGCGGGGCGCAGCCCGGACCCAAGCCUGGUCGCCCGCCCCGCCCACGUGGGGCCGCGGCCCGUCGAAUGACUCGGUGCAACGUGUUGGUGGCGGCAGCUGCGCGGGCUCUUCCGGGCGCCACAGCUUCCUGCCAAGCACCGCGCAGUCGCCGCCGCGCGGGAGCCCCGAGUGCAGGCCUCGGUGCUGGCUGCUUGCGCUCCUGGCCGCUCCCGGCCCCUGUGCCAGCAGAGCCGAGUCCGCUCCGGCGCCGCAGCCUGACGCUGAGCCCCAGCCGCGGCCGCAGCCCGGCCCAGGCUCCGGGAACGCUACCCAUACGGGGACCGGUGCGGCGGCGGGCGGCGGCGGCAGCUCCAACAGCAGCGGCGACGCCCUAGUGACCCGCAUCUCCAGCCUGCUCCGCGAUCUGCCCACCCUAAAGGCGGCCGUAAUCGUGGCGUGCGCCUUCAGCGCUCUGCUCAUCGCCUGCCUUCUUCUGCGCGUCUUCAGGUCGGGAAAGAGGUUAAAGAAGACCCGGAAGUACGACAUCAUCACCACUCCGGCUGAGCGGGUGGAAAUGGCCCCACUGAAUGAAGAGGAUGAUGAGGACGAGGACUCCACAGUAUUUGAUAUCAAAUACAGGUAAAACCUGUUUCCCAACAUGUUGACAUCCUGUGGAAAGCUGGCCACCCACAGCCUGGGGUGUGAAGGAUCUGGAAGCUGUCACGUCCAUCCGAGG